AUGUGCGGCGAAAAGACAAUACUAUGGGGAAACUUGAUGGGCGGCUUCGACGUUGCCUUCGAACACGAAAACACCGACACAGUCCGUUCUGCGCGCAACGCAGCGCAGUGCAUCGAAAUCCUCUGGCUGUGUCUUUUACAAAAGAGCUGGGACGACAGCGACGCUCGGUUCUACGAGAUGGCACUGAACCUAUUUUCGUCGGGCUCGAAGAAAGAGACGCUUCGAAGAUUUCGCGUGCUCAAGGAGGUUUGCGUGCGUGCAUUGCUAGUACUCGUUAUUAGUAUGGCGAUAUACCGAUUCAACAGGGAUCACUGGAGACUGGAAAACAGUGAUUGGGAUGCAUGGAUACUUGUCAUUCUCAUCUUCUCGCUCUUUUUUGUAAUGGCGUUCCUCAACCCGCCCGAAGGAUUUGCCGAAGGUAGGCAACAGCUGCUUCGAAAGGCUCUGAUCAACAACAUCAACCUCGUCCGCCUCCGUGGCGCGACCGACUUGCGAGACAAGGUUUUUGCAUUGUAUGGCGCAUUCCAAGCUCUCGGUAUCACCUUGGACGACCCAGAAUAUGAACACAGCACCAUUGCUGACGUCUAUUUUCGUUUUGCACGACGCAUCGUCGAGUGGCAGAACAAUCUGGAUAUACUAAUCGAAGCUUCGUUGCCCUCGUAUCCAGGAACACCUACUUGGGUGCCUGAUUUGAGCAGAGAGUAUCACAGAUGGGAGGUGCAGCAUUUCAAGGCUGCCGGAAAUUCAGCGCCUAAUUUCACAUAUUUGAUCAGGAUACUGCGAGUCGCAGGACUACUUGUGGAUAUGGUAACUGAAACCUGGGCGGCGGAGUGCCAAUGGAAACUCGGCUUCUUAACAGAUGAGAAGGGAUAUGAGGGGAUCACUCCAGGCCCUGUACAGGCUGGUGAUCUGAUAGUAUUGAUCUCUGGUCUGCGGGUGCCCAUGGUACUCCGCGGCGUGGGUGAAGGCUAUCAAGUCAUUGGGAUGGCCGAGGUGAAGGGAAUCAUGGAUGGCGAAGCUUGGGAUGACAAAGUACUCAAAACUAUGUUUGACUUAGUGUAG